AUGAGAGACCAAUUUGUUUUAUCAGAAGAAGUAUUGAAACUUCAAGAAGAAGAUAAACUUGACUAUUAUAUUCCUAAUGAAACAGACAUUCGAGGAAAAAGUGAUCAAGACUUGGCUCGUUUCUUAAACGAAAUAACGGACAGUAUUGAAGUGUCUUCAGAGAACAUUGCUGAUCCUCUUGUGUUUGAUAAACUACGCAGUUUCCUCAAAUACUUUUCUAAUGCUCAACCUCGUAUUUUAUCACGCCUAUUUGACAUCAUUUCAUCAGGCUUCCGUGUUGAGAUCAAGGCAACUUCUGAUGAUUUAGACAAUAAUGAAAAAGAGACAUUCAACAACCAUCGCUAUCAUUUAGAGCUAUAUGGGUUUUUGAUUCAUUGGUUCCUGAUGCAAGCAGAAGACAAUGCAACCACUUCAAGUAUGAUGCGCAAGUCAAAAGCAGCUCACAACGUCCAUGAUCUCAAGACAUUUGACUGGAGUUCACAGAAACUAAAAGCAUUUGAUCUGGUCAGUUGGUUAUUAGGGCUCAAAUUGACCAAGAUCUGGACAUUGACACCUGAUCGUGUUGCUUUUGUCACGUUGUUUACAAAGCCUGCAUAUCAGUUGUUUGAGAACCCUGUCUAUGCGAGAUCAGCUCAGAUCAAAGAACGUAUCUUUCGUAUCUUGAGUUUAUGUGUCAAGCAGUACGAUCAUUUGUCGGUGGCACAGACAACCAUCAUGCAGCACCUUCAAUACUAUGAACAUUCGGCUGAACCCAUGGCAGAGAUGCUUGUGUUUAUGGUCGAUAAACAAAAUUACACACAAUUAGCAGAUGAAAUACUACGCGAAAUCAGUAACCGUGAAUUCAAAGAUACAACCAAAGAAGUAAAAGAUUCGCCUAAUCCAAAGACGUUUGCUACUUUUCUUCUCAGAAUGGCUGAAUUAUCACCCAAGAUCAUACUCAAGAACUUGACAGUGUUGAUUAAUCAGCUCGAUAGUGAUUCUUAUCUGAUGCGUGUAACAUUGAUUGAUAUUUUGGGCUAUUUGAUUGCUGAAUUAUCCAAAUCGAUUGAAGACAACCCAAACUAUAUGGAGCAAAUCAAUGGGUUCUUUGAUAUCUUGGAAGAACGUAUGCUUGAUCCUAUUUCCUACUGUAGACAAAAAGUACUUCAAGUCUAUUUACGUUUGUUCAUGCUUAAAGUCAAGUUUCCUAAAAGAAGACAUGCUGCUACUGUACUCUGUGUGCGUCAUCUUGAAGACAAGACAAGUACUGUUCGCAAAUAUGCUAUUCGAGUAUUGACCACACUUGUGUCAACACAUCCUUAUAACAUGUAUGGUGGUGAACUCAAUUUGGAUGAAUGGAAUACUCGGUUAAACACGCUCAAACAAGAGAUGGACAAUGUGACUACAGAAGAAGAUGUACGUGCACUUGUGGUAGAGAAAGAAGACGAGACAGACAUGGCUGAAGCAAAUCAACCUCGAAAGACCAUUGUCUCUGCUGAGAAACUACAACAACUGGUGCUUAUGCGUACAUUCCACACAGAUGCUGUUCAGUUUAUUGAACUUGUGCACAAGAGUAUUCCUGUGAUUACUCAGCUAUUGUCUUCUAAAUCCAAGGCAGAAGUACUUGAAUCCAUGGAUUUUUUGGUUACUUGUUAUAACUAUAAAGUCAAUCUUGCUUCUGAUGGUAUCAAAAAAAUGCUUCAUUUGAUCUGGACAAAAGACACAAGUGAUGAAGGCAAAGGCAUCAAAAUGAAGCUGUUGUCUUGCUAUGAAAACCUUUAUCUCGAAAUGGACGCCAAACUCUCUAAAAAAGAAAAUGUGAACCGCAUAGCCAAAAAUCUGAUUCAAUUAACAUUUGACACAAAUCUUGCUGAAUUGACGUCUCUGGAGCAACUGCUAAGCACAUUGAUGGAACAAGAUAAGAUCAUCAAAGAUGUGAUUGAAAAACUCUGGUCUGUGUAUGGUUUUACACAGGGUCGUAUUCAGAAAUCCUUAAGACGUGGUGCUAUUAUUAUCUUGGGCAUGCUGGCCAAGACAAAGACAAAGAUUGUGUCGGAUAAGAUAGAUGUGAUGCUCAAGAUUGGCUUGGGUCCAUUAGGUAAAGUAGAUCUUGAAUUGGCUCGCUAUACUUGUGUCGCACUUCAAAGACUCGAAGGUGCAAAGAAAGAGAAGGGUCGUGGUGUCAAAGAAGGCAUUCGAUUCUCCUCCAAUCACCCUAUGUUUGCUAGACUCAAGGAUAUCAUUGAACAUCCUUCUGAAAGCCAAGAUUGGUUUAGUUUGGCUGAACAGGCGAUUAAUACCAUUUAUUUGUUGUCAAAGAGUCCUGAAGUAUUAUGUGAAGAAUUGAUUCGCAACAAGACACUCAAGGUGUUUGAUGCAAAGGAAGAAGAAAACGAAAUAAGCAGUAGUCAGAUCAUGGUCAAUGGGGAAUCUCAAAUGAUGGAAUAUGAUUUAAGCAUGUCUCAACAAGUGCUACCUUUCCCUCAAACACCCAUCUUCCAAAAACCAAUAGAAUUGGCCCAAUUGUUCUUUUUAGUAGGCCAUGUAGCUCUGAAACAACUUGUUCAUUUGGAAAUUAUCGAGUCUGCUUGGAAGCGUAAAAAGCAAACAAAAGAGAAACAAAAGGAUACGGAUCUAACAAGCAUGGAAGACGAACUAGAACAAGUUGGUGGUACAGCAGAAGAUGAUAUUGGUGAUGCUAUGCUUCGUAUUCGCGAAAGAGAAAUCUUGUUUGGUUCUCAUUCCUUACUUGGUAUUUAUGGCCCCAUGUUGACUGAAGUCUGUGCACGCAACAAGGUUUACACUGACCGUACACUGCAAGUAAACGCCACACUUGCUUUAACUAAAUUCAUGUGCGUCAGUUCUGACUUUUGUGAAAAGAAACUGCAGCUCUUGUUUACUAUUCUCGAGAAAUCUAAAGACGCUACGAUUCGUAGUAAUAUUGUGAUUGCCUUGGGUGAUAUGGCUGUCUGCUUCAAUACACUGAUUGAUGACAACAUCACCUUCCUGUAUAAUCGGUUGGCUGAUACUGAUACCAUGGUCCGUAAAAAUGCCGUGAUGGUCCUGACUCACCUUAUUCUGAACGGUAUGGUGAAAGUCAAGGGACAAAUUAGCGAAAUGGCCAAAUGUCUAGAGGACGCAGACCAACGUAUUGCCGAUCUUGCCAAGCUCUUCUUUACUGAACUAGCUUUCAAAGACAAUGCAAUCUAUAACAAUUUGCCUGAUAUCAUCUCUAACUUGACAAGCAACCAACCUCCUCGAUUAGAAGAAGAAGCAUUCCGCAAGAUCAUGAAGUUUAUUUUUAGUUUUGAUUUCACAGAGAAAGAAAAACAAGCUGAAAACAUUGUGGAUAAGCUUUGUUUACGUUUCUUGAACGCACAAGAUGAACGUAAUUGGCGGGAUAUUGCUUACUGUUUAUCUUUAUUGCCUUUCAGAUCUGAAAGACCGUUUAAGAAACUAUUAGAGAAUUGGCCUAGUUAUCAAGAUAAAGUGCAUGAAGAAGCUGUUUAUAAAAGUUUUGUUGAAAUUGUUCAAAAGGUAACGAGAGAAAAAAAACAACUGCAUGCAUGA